AUGAGCAUUACUGCAGGUGUCAAUAUGGCGCAAUUUGAGAAGGAUUUCCUGUCUAUGCAUAAUGCUUAUCGCAAGCGACAUGGUUCGCCUCCUCUUCAGCUCAGCAGGGAACUCUGUAAUUCAGCACAACAAUGGGCAAAUUAUCUGCUGUCCAUCGGAACUAUGAAGCACAGCAUCAGUGGAGAAAACAUUUUCUCCUGCUCCGGCUAUAAGGAACUAAAAGGUCGAGAGGCUGUAGAUUCCUGGUACAGUGAGGUAAAGGACUAUAACUUCUGCCGGCCAGGAUUUGCGAUGAAUACAGGUCACUUCACCCAGGUGGUCUGGAAGGACAGCAAACAGCUGGGAGUUGGCGUAGCCACCGAUGGCAGAGGGACGUUCUAUGUUGUUGGAAAAUACAACCCUGGAGGGAAUAUGGACAGCCCUGGGUAUUUUGAGAGGAACGUUUUACCGGCCAGCAGAGCUUAA